AUGGGAAAAGGAGGAGGUUACGUGACGGUGGCGGCAGAAGAGGUGGAGGAGCUACGGAGGAAGAACGUUGAGCUGGAGAGAGACGUGGAGGAGAUGAAGAAAGAGAUGGUUCAGUUGUGGCGGCGGGCAGUGGUGGCGGAGGAGGCGGAGGAGAGACUCUGCUCACAGCUGGCGGAGCUGGAGGUCGAGUCUCUAGAUCAGGCGCGUGAGUAUCAAUCUCGUGUACUGUUUCUCAUGGAUCAAAUCUCUCGUCUCUCUUCCUCCUCCCUUGAAGUCGUUGUUACGAAUUCGUAG